AUGGCCCCUAAGAGGUACAGGAGACACAAGCGGGGAGCCGCUACAAUUAGCACAUGGGGUGCCUGGGCUUUAGAUGGGGGCCCCAACAUAGCAGGGGCUGAAGAAGGUGUGUCUGAAGGCUCUGGCCCGCUCAACUGGUCACCGCCAAAUACCCACUCUGUGGACUUCAAUUCCCAGGCCAUGUGGGACCUGGAGGAGCCUGCCUGGGACCCACCCCUGCGAGGAGCCAGGGCUGGUGAGGAAGAGCUGUGGGGCAGAGAGGUAAAGCCCCGCAGGGGGGGCCGCAGGGUUCAGCCCGUCUAUAGGAUCAUCUACACUGCACUAGGAGAGCCCCAGGAAGGUAGCACCCACGAACCCCUGCGCCAGUGAGGAGGAGAAGUAGAAGGAGGAUGAUCAGGAGGAGGAGGAGGAGGAUAAGGAGGAACAGGAGGAGGAGGAGAAGGGGGGACUUGGGGUUGGGUAGUUUUUGGCUUGCAUCGUCGCUGGGCCCAGUUUGUGCUGCUGUUCUGUGUCAUGAGCUCCACCUUUUUGCUGGCAUGGAUCUCAGCCAGGGACUGCUGGUUCUUUUGGGGAUGUGUGUGUUCUUAUUUGAGCAGCUCCUUUGCAGCGUACCCCAGUGCAGUUCCGGGAGACAGUGGGAAGGAGGAUGGCAGAUGCUCACCUUGUGACUGUUACCUCGACUGCAGGAGGAUGAAGUGGACCUGGGACGGAACAGGGCUGCCUGAGGCUCCCGGGAAACUUUGUGCUUUUGUGUUCCACCCCUGUUGUUAUUUGUGACUCAGUUUCCUCAGCUUGGAGUGGUGUUCCCUGCUGUGUUUUCCAGCAUCCUGUGACUGUCCUGUGCAAGCCGUAGGGCAGUGCCCCGCCCAGGUGGGUGGGCUCAGGAGGGGGUGACCUGAAGCGAGUAGAUCUAGCCAGAGUCCCCUGUCCUUGGAAGGAGAGAUGUGCCAGGGGGCCCACAUUGAGGGAGGGGGCCUGGGACUUGGGACCUGUGGCAGCUGUUUGCAGUUUCUCUGUUAAGAUUCCCUUCUCUUCUGCACUUUUGUUACAUGCUUCUGUUCAAUAAAUUUCCAUCAGUGUUCA